AUGAAACUGAUGACUGUCUGGAGUUUAGUUCUCAUGGUGAUGUCCAGACAUAGUAAAUAAAUCAUUACAUGGUGACUGAAGAAUGAAUCAUGGUUAAACCCGAAAUCAAUGUAAAUAUCACAUCUUCAACUGAAUCUUGAAACGUUUUUGUUUCGCAGGUGUUUGUUGAUAUAUCAGGCUGUAUCAGUCUCUUCCUCAAGUGAAAUGAGCUGGAGACACUGUUAAAUUGUCCUGUAAAAUCUCUGGUUUCUCAAUGAGUGGCUACUGGAUACACUGGAUGAGGCAGAAGCGAGGCAAAGCCCUGGAGUGGAUCGGGAGAAUGAAUAGCAAUUCUCCAUUCUACACAAACUCCCUGAAAGGACAGUUGCCCUGA